AUGAGCUGGUGGUCGAGCGUGACAAGGUUCAGCAUCGAAAAGCGCUGCAACAACAUGACGGGAAGACAUCAAAUGCCUCGUUUGGAGGGGCCAAGGAGGGGACUGAGGACUGGUCUUUCCACUAGCAACGAGGAGAACCUGAAGAUGGUGCUGAUGAACCUGACCAGUGCCUCGGUGCAGACUAACAAUGUGGGAACCAAGCAGGCAGACACCGUCUACUUCUUGGCCAUAACACCCCAAUUGGUGACGGAGGUGGUCAAAGCUGAGAGUCCGGAUGGCAUCCUGCUCUCCAUCAGCGGACAAAUGGCACUCAACUGUGGAGUGGUGCUGUUUCAGAUUGGCGUGCUGCAGCAAUAUGGUGUGAAGGUUUUGGGCACACUUGUAGAGUCCAUCAUCACCACAGAGGACAGACAGCUGUUUGCUGACAAACUGAAGGAGAUCGAUGAGAGGAUCGCCCCCAGUGUGGCUGUGGAGUCGCUUCGAUAG